GUUACCCGACCCUUGGUAUUAUAAACCAAGUCCGAGUUGGUCAAUGAUGGCCGAUAUGUACGGCAACCUGCGUAAACGUGCUGGCAAGGAUUACGACCUCGAGGAACCGGACAUCGUCAUAGACAGAGAUGACGUACCUGCCCGGAAGUCGGACAAAUUCCAUUGGGAUAUAUGGCUUCUAUUGGCCUUUGAAAAUUGGAUAUUCGACUUCGGACGUCCCAUAGCUGCCUUGUUUGUGCCGGUAGAGUGGUUCCCCCUGAACCAGCCAAGUAUCGGGGACUACUUCCAUAUGGCCUACAACGUCAUCACACCCUUCUGUAUUCUUAAGCUGAUUGACCGAAGCUCCAGGAAGUUGUCGCCGACCUUGACCCAUUUGUGUGUGAUAAUCUUCGUCAUGGGGAGUAGUAUACACCUAGUCGGGGAUUCCAUCAACCAUCGCCUCGUUACCAUUGGUUACGAGCUCCACCUGUCGGUCAGGGACAAUCCCAUCAUGAAAACUCUGCAACCAAAAGAAUUGGUCGACUCGUUUGAACUCCUGUACAACUACGAUGAAGUUAUAGGACACCUGAUGUGGUACAUUCCAUUCUUCAUAUGUUUCUUCCUGUAUUUUACUGGCUGUUUCAAGAGAAAGCACGAGCAUAUGAGCGUGAAAGCUGGUCCGGCCUGGUGGUUCUUGAUCGUCUUUAGUGGGCUUUACUAUUGGUACCUGGUCACUGAGGGACAAAUCUUCAAUGUUUAUAUACUUACAUACGUCGCCAUGAUUAUCUUCUGGUCGAAGGAAAAGUCCAGAGGUCAAGUACUGGACAUUAACGGACGAUUCCUGUUCUAUACCUUCACCAUAACUCUUUUACUGGUGGCCAUUUGGGUGGCUUUACUAUGGAACGACCCGGUGUUAAGGCAAAAAUACCCCGGUGUCGUUUACGUUCCGGAACCUUGGUCGUUCUACACACUAUAUCUGAAAGACCAGAAACCAUUACACGAGAUCAAAUUCCCACGGUUCCAUUGAUCCAUUGUGAACUUUUUCUUUUUUUUCUAUUCAUGACAAGAAAAUACAGUCUUUUACUCAGAAUGAGAUUUUUCUAACGCAUACUAGUGAAAAUAAUUGUCUCUGAAAAUCCGAAUAAGUAAGAUAGGUGAAAUACAGUUUUGAUGUUUCCACCAAACUCUUCGGUCGAACUCUUCUGUUUGGUGAAAUGGUUAUCAGCCAUUAAAACCACAUAAGAAACUUCAAUACAGUUUAUUUAAAACAAGAAUUUCUACAAAGGACAUAAGACGAUAAUAUUAUUGUAUUUUAGUGAAAUAUAUACUCAAACAGUGGUGCAAGAAGAAACCUCGUAAACACGUUAAAGUAAUCCAUGAAGGUGAGUGGGUGUCUGCUCAAGCUGUAUAAUGUAGUAUUGUAAUAUUGCCGUGUAAGUGAUGUAGGUAAUUGCUAUAUAAAAGUAGAAAAACAAAACAAAAAAGCAAACAAAUUAAAAAAAACCCGGAACAAAUAAACAAACAGAACUGGUAACAAACCUCGAUCAACCCUCGAUCAACCCUCGAUCAACCGUUAUGUUUCACUAUUGGAGCGAUGCUAUUGUUGUCCAAAACCAACAAGAGGAACAUCGUUGAUAAAAGGUGCAAGAAGUUCACAUGAGUGUGUUGUGAUGGAAUAAAGAAUUAUUUUCUAUUGGUC